CGUCAGUCCGGCUGCAGAGCGUCAGUCCGGUCCAGAUCGUCAGUCCGGCUGCAGAGCGUCAGUCCGGUCCAGAGCGUCACUCCGGUCCAGAGCGUCGGUCCGGUUGGUACCGGCAGCUCCCUCCCCUCCGUCCCGCCCUCUGGUCCCUUUAAGCGCAGGGCGGCCAGCAGAUCUCCGAUCCUCGGAGCGGAUUACGGCCGCAGCUCUGCGUCUCCUCCGCUCCAUCAGCAGCUGAUCCGGGGGAACAAAGGCAGCCAGAACCGCCCCGCGCCAUGGACUUCAACGUGAAGAAGCUGGCCUCCGAUGCGGGGGUGUUCUUCACCCGGGCCGUGCAGUUCACAGAGGAGAAACUGGGCCAGGCUGAGAAGACCGAACUGGACCCUCACCUGGAGAACCUGCUGGCCAAAGCCGACUCCACCAAGAACUGGACCGAGAAGAUCCUGAGGCAGACGGAGGUUCUGCUGCAGCCCAACCCAAGCGCUCGGAUCGAGGAGUUCAUCUACGACAAGCUGGACCGGAAGCUCCCGUCCAGAACCACCAACGCCGAACUGCUGGGCCAGUUCAUGCUGGACGCCGCCAAGGAGUUCGGAGCCGACACUCCGUACGGUACCACCCUCAUCACGGUGGGGGAGUACCAGAGGAAGCUGGGCGGAGCCGAGCGGGAGUUCCUCCACACGGCCGCCAUCACCUUCCUGUCGCCGCUGCGUAACUUCCUGGAGGGAGACUGGAGGACCAUCUCUGUGACCCGGCUGCUGCUGGAGGGGAUCAGCAGCACACAUGUUGUGUGUGUGUGUGUGUGUCUGUGUCUCAAUGUGACCCCCCUCACCCCCCAGGCGGAGCUGGAGCUGCGUGUGGCCCAGACGGAGUUCGACCGGCAGGCGGAGGUGACCCGGCUGCUGCUGGAGGGGAUCAGCAGCACACAUCUGAACCACCUCAGGUGUCUGCAGGACUUUGCGGAGGCUCAGGCCACGUACUUCGCUCAGUGUCAUCACUACAUGCAGGACCUGCAGAGGGAGCUGCACAGAUGUGCGAACUCGGCCGUCGGCCCCCCGCCUGACCCCGGCGCCGGACCCGAUCCGGUUCCGACCGCCUUCCCGUCCGGCCGCCUGUCUCCCGGCGCCUCGGGCUCCAGGAAGGCCAAGGUUCUGUACGACUACGACGCUCACGACGCCAGCGAACUGUCCCUGCUGGCCGACGAGGUCAUCACCGUCUACACGGUACCAGGAAUGGAUCCUGAUUGGCUGGUGGGAGAGCGGGGCAACGACAAGGGCAAAGUGCCUGUGACCUACCUGGAGCUGCUAAGCUAAUGGACCGUUAGCAUCCUGUCUGAUGAAACAUCGGAACCAGAUUCAGUUCAGACUCAGUUCAGACUCGGUUCAGAUUCAGUUCAGACUCAGUUCAGAUUCAGUUCAGACUCGGUUCAGUUUCAGUUCAGACUCGGUUC